AUGGGCACAGAUGAUGACCCUUCCUGGUUUGCUUUACGGAGAGUUGUAUUCGCGUAUGGUUGUCGCCUGAAGAUGUCGAAAACACAUACAUUCACGGAGGCAUAUGCCGCUUCUUGGCCUCUCUUCGAGAGUGCACUCUCUGCUUAUUCAGAUCUAAUGUUUACGCGCAUAUCUUUGGUCUCGGUUCAGGCGGUGAUUCUGAUGGCUCACUUUGCUGAAGGAUUGGGAAGUAUCACCCUCCAGUACAAUUUGGGGUCGAGCGCUCUGCACCUCGCCUGUUCCAAGGGCCUACACAGGCAGCCGGCGCCUUCAUGGGGGUUGUUGAGCGGAGAUGUCUUACAUCGCAGCCGCAUCUUCUGGGCCAUCUACUGUUUUGAGACGUCGAUCGUGGCACGCACGGGACGCCCGGCAGGCAUUGACGAUGAUGAGAUUACGUGCCUCGUCCCGGAUGCUUCUCUUGGUCCUGGUGCGAGUCACUCACUCUACCCCAUGUUCAUGACCAAGCUACAUCGAUUCUUUUCCAUGGUAUCCAAACGGCUGUCCAAGGUACGAGCACAUGGACAGACUCAAGAGCAACUUGCCAAAACUGUUGGUGAGCUGGAUGAGGAGCUCCAGGGGUUGAAGAAAUCACUGUCACUGCACCUGGACCUUGAUAAGCCAGUGGACACUUCGGACCUUGACAGCACGUUGACGUUGAAUCAAACAUUGGCUCUUCAUUUCACAUACUAUCACCUUGUCCUACACCUUCAUUUUCCAAUGGCGUGUCCAUGGUCGUGGACAGGAACACAAAACCCCAGCACAAGCUUUCUUGAACAAGCAACCAAAUCUUCGAUCGCAGUAGCAACCGCAUCCCGCGCAACCAUCAUGUCCACUCGCUUACUUUCUGUCGAUGUGAACAGUCCCAUGGCGUAA